AUGGCAGCCACAGACGCUGAGGCCACCCGCGUCGGCUUCAUUGGCCUGGGUGCCAUGGGCUUUGGAAUGGCUUGCAACCUGUUGAAGAAACCGUCAUACCAAGUUCAAGGUCACGAUGUUUACCCUCCCAGCGCAGAGAAAUUCGUCGUUCAGGGUGGUUCGUCGGGGGAGUCUCCAAAAGAAGUGGCCAAAACCAGCGAUAUCCUAGUCUGCAUGGCAGUCAACGCACAGCAAAUCGAUGACAUACUUUUCAAUGAUCAGACGGGUGCUCUGCAAACAUUACCGGCAAAUGCUACCGUUCUCCUCUGCUCAACAGUACCGCCAACGUAUCAUGAGGCACUGACGCCCCGGAUUGCGGCGACGGGCCGGCAGGAUGUUCUGGUCGUGGACAGCCCCGUAUCGGGUGGCACGAAGCGUGCAGCCGACGGCACACUCAGUAUCUUCGCUUCCGGAGCCCCUGAAGCGUUGCACCGUGCAGACCGUGUUCUGCGUGACAUGUCGGAGAAGCUGUACAUCAUUCCGGGUGGGCCAGGAGCGGGUAGCAAGAUCAAAAUGGUCAACCAGCUACUGGUCGGAACGCACAUUGCCGCUGCAUCAGAAGCGAUGGGAUUGGCCGCCAAAGCUGGCCUGAACACCCGCGAAGUGUACAACAUCAUCACGAAUGCUGCUGGUAAUUCUUGGGCGUACGAGAAUCGCGUGCCGCACAUGUUGGACGGCGACUGGACCCCGCUAUCUGCCUUGAAUAUCUUUGUCAAGGACAUGGGCAUCGUUGUCUCAACGGCCAGAACUCUGCAAUUCCCGGUGCCACUUGCAUCGGUAGCUGAGCAGCUGUACAUCUCAGGAGCUGCACAUGGGUACGGUGCAGAGGACGACUCUGGACUCGUCCGGGUGUUCCUCCCUGGAUCCCCAAAUGCCGUGAAAGAGCAAGCAGGCCAGCUCAAUACGCAAGAAAAGUUGACCCCAAGCAGUACGCCGCUGGAAAUCUCAAAGAUUGGUAUGGUAGGGUUGGGCGCGAUGGGCCAGGGCAUGGGUGGAUCUCUUCUCCGAGCCGGUUUUGCAGUCCACGGCUACGACGUAUACGAGCCGGCUAUCGACAAGUUUGUGGCCAACGGGGGCAAUGCUUCCAAGGCUAGCAGCCCCGCGGAGGCAGCAAAGGGCGCCGACAUUCUAGUUUUGAUGGUUCAAAAUGCUGCGCAAGCCGACGAUGUUCUUUUUGGCUCCGGAAAGGCAGCGGAAACGUUGCCUGAUGGCGCCAUCGUGAUUCUCAGCUCGACGGUCCCACCCUCAUUCGUCAGAGAACUCGAGGUCAAGCUCACAAACACCGGCAAGGGAUUGAGCCUCGUGGAUGCCCCUGUCAGCGGUGGUGUGGUCCGCGCCGCCAAUGGUACCCUUACGAUCAUCUGCUCUGGAGAUGAGGCUGUUCUCUCCAAGGUUAACAGCCCGUUACUGGCGAUGACGGGAACGUCAAGCAACCUCUGCCAUGUUCAGGGAGGCGUCGGCGCUGCGUCCUCAGUGAAACUUAUCAACCAGCUACUGGCCGGUGUUCAUAUUGCAGCCGCUGCCGAAGCUAUGGCAUUUGCCGCUCGCCUAGGCCUCGACACGAGACGGGCUUUCGAGAUCCUUGGCAGUGCGGCCGCAUGGAGUUGGAUGUUCGAGAAUAGAGUGCCUCAAAUGCUUGAUGCCGACUGGACACCACACUCCGCCUUGGCCAUUUUCGUGAAGGAUCUUGGCAUCGUCCUCGAUGAGGCAAAGCGACUCACCUACUUUGCUCCGAUUUCGUCAGCAGCUCACAACAUGUACCUCGCAGGUGCAUCUCACGGGUGGACGAAGGAAUCCGAUGCUGGUGUCGUUCGGCUUUGGGAGUUGGCGGGCCUUUCCGUCUCUGGCAAUGCCGGUCCCAAGGCUGAGGAGAACAGUGGCUCGAAAACUGAGACCAAGGAGAUUGAAGCAGGCCAAGAGCAGGGUCUGCCGGCACAAGAAACGAUUGACGCGCUCCCAGCCGAGUAUUCAGGUGAUGUGAUCAGCUCCACUCGCAGGGUGGUCGACAAUGGCGAAGUCCCGGUUCUCGUGGUCUUGGAUGACGACCCAACAGGAACUCAAACCUGCCACAACAUCGAUGUCCUGACCGUGUGGGACUCUGCCACAUUGGAUGACGAGUUUAGCCUCAACCCGACUGGGUUCUUCAUCUUGACCAACUCUCGCGCAUUACCUUCCGCCGAAGCCAAACAACUUAUCGUCGAGAUUUGCAAGAAUGUCAAGACGGCGGCUGAGAAGGCAGGCAAAGCAUUCGAGAUCGUUCUUCGAGGUGACUCGACACUUCGUGGACAUCUUCCGGAGGAGCCCGAGGCUGCCGAGGAGGCCCUUGGCAAGUUCGAUGCGUGGGUUGUAACGCCUUUCUUCUAUCAAGGUGGCAGAUACACUAUCAAUGACGUGCACUAUGUCAAGGAAGGCGACGUGCUGGUACCCGCGAGCCAAACACCCUUUGCCCAAGACGCCACAUUUGGGUACAAGAACUCGAACUUGCGUAAGUAUGUCCUCGAGAAGUGCGGCCAUCGCUUCGACGAAUCUUCAUUCUUGUCGGUCACUCUCGAUGAUAUUCGCGUUGGGGGACCUGCGGGCGUCACCAAGAAGCUCCUUUCAGUAGCGCCUGGCUCUAACACAGUCGUCAUCGUCAAUGCUGCCGCCGAGUCUGACAUGCACGUCUUCGUGGCAGGCUUGCUUGAGGCAGAGAAAGAGGGCAGGCGGUAUCUCUACCGCACAGGUGCUGCCUUCGUUUCUUCUCGCCUGGGAAUCACAGGGAUCCCACCUUUGACCAUGGCAGACCUUGGGGUGUCGGUCGAGGCCGGUACCAAGCAGCCAGGUGGACUGAUCGUCGCUGGCUCUUACGUACCCAAGACGACGGCACAACUUAAGGUGCUCAGAGAGAGGAGAGGCGACAAGUUGGCGGUAAUCGAAGUUGAUGUUGAAGGGCUCAUCGAAUCUGCGGACGCCGCGGAGAAGGUCGUGAAUGCCGCAGCAGCCGAGACCGCAACCAAGCUUGCAGCUGGCGAGGAUGUUCUCGUCAUGACAUCUCGGAAACUGAUCAAGGGAGGAGAUGCGCUCAGCUCUCUUCAAAUUGGUUCCAAGGUCGCCCGGGCCUUGGUACAGCUUGUUGAGCAGAUUGACGUACGGCCGCGGUAUCUGAUUGCAAAGGGUGGCAUCACAUCAUCUGAUGCGGCCACGAAGGGUCUGAGGAUGAGACGGGCUCGCAUCAUGGGCCAAGCUGCCCCGGGUGUCCCGUUGUGGAAGUGCGACGAGGAGACUAGCCGGCAUCGUGGAGUGCCGUACGUCGUAUUCCCUGGAAAUGUUGGCAGUGACAGCACACUCGCCGAAGUUGUCGAGUCGUGGUCGAUUGAGAAUGUUGCUUAG